CUGCUUUGAACACUCUAAUUUUUUCAACGUCUUGAUUCCCCGACACACCCAGUGAAGGGCAUGCGGCUCCUCAGAAGGAAAGACUCGGCUGGAUCUCCCCUCCGAGCUACAUUGUCAGAUCUUCAAGCAUGCUCUUCCCGGUCCGAGAGUCGUCAAGUACCAGACUCGCGGUAGAAGAGCUCUCCUGACACCAUUGUUGCUUGUCUGCCACGAAUCGAGAGAAGAGGUCUUGAGGCACUACAUGUCAAUUACUGAAUUCGGUCCGAAAGUCUACAUGAAUCCAGAGAUCGAUAUCAGAGAGGAGGUCGUGUUUGUUUUCUUGUACAUUAUUUUGGAACUUCUGUUAAGGUACUGUACUACAUGUCAAUUACGGACUUCGGUCCCAAAGUCUACAUGAAUCCAGAGAUCGAAAUCAGAGAGGAGGUUAUGUGGGUUCCUGUACAUUACUUU